AUGUUCCGAAUUAAGUCGCAUUUAACACCGAACGCUAUCCGCGACACGUCCCCGUCGCUAGCAGCUAACGCCUUUCCGACCCCACACCUCCGGCAGACUGAAGGGUUUUAUCCCCCACCUUCCCUCCCACCGUUUGCUCACUGUCCGAGAAAAAAGAAUCUUCGUAUUCAUUUGAAAAGAAAACACCAAGAAAAUGUGGAGCUGAUUUCACAAAAUCAUCAUUUAAGGAGUCAGUGUGUGGAUGCCAAAAAAGGUGUUUUUGCUGUUGAGAAAUCCUUUUAUGGUCCAUCAAGACUUAUACAUGUAAUAAAAAACACCUGGUCACAGUUUCACAGAUCAGAAUGUGAGCUUGACAGGUGUAAUGUGAAUGCACAGUUUGCAAAGCGAAGUGGGAUUUUGCCUUUUGAGUGCGAACACAUUCAAUCAUUACGCUUUUGUCCACGCGCCACAGAGUCAGAAGGACCUCUGUCUGAAACUACCCUCAACAUCCUGGUUGACAACUUAUGGUUCAGUCUUCAAAGAAAAGAAGAACUUUUAAGAAAUCAGCAGGAGGCACUAUCAAAUAAUACGCCGUUUUCAGUUCUUCUUUUUGGCAGUGGGACAGACACAACUUUCCACGUGUCUGUCUUUGAACCUAAAACUGCGUUUUUCAGCAGACUUGGAAGGGCGAUUGUCACUUAUGACAAAGGAAAAAAUACCUGGCAUUGUGCAUGUACAGAGGGCAAAAGGUCCUGUACGCACAAGGCUACAGCAAAGUGGCAUCUCUUUGAAAAAAUGCCAGACAUGUUCGAAGCGGCAGUGAAUUCAGAGGAGGAUGUUAUGUGUGGGACAACAAUAUCAGAAUGUCAGGAGGAAAGUCGUUCCAUCACUGAUGAAGCAGCAGAGAGGAUAAUCAAGUACUUGAUUUACCAGAAGAAAAUACCUGCUGAUCUUCCUGACAGUCUUAUCACCAGCAGUAGAGACUCCAAGGCUCUCAAUGGGUUCCCCAAACAUCUGAUCCCAUCAGAGACCGAAUGCACAGAAUGUGGACAACACACCAGUCUUGGUGACCCUCAGCUGAUAUCUUCCACUGCUAAAAUAUUGACUAUGACAGGAGUAGUUAAAGGUAUAUCAACAUACAGGAAGACUUGCCCCAACUGUUCCAUGGUUUACCGAUAUCAAGACUGGGAAGAUGGUGUCCACAACUUCAACGAUCACUUGCUGCUGUCCGUACAUCUGUGUCUGGUACUGAGGAAUGCAUUGCAGACUCACACUGCUGUAAGUCGCAUAAUCGAAAUGAUCGAAUACACAGAAGGAGAGAACCUUCCUAACAAGGAUCGGAUCCUGCAGGCCUAUCUGUCGUUUGAAGGUCUAAGUGACCAUGACUACCAAUACUCAUGCAUUUCUUGUGGGUAUCAUCCUGCAGUUGUUGUCAUGGAUCUCCAUAAGAAAGGUGUUUUCAGCAUGCCAGUUAGUGAAAUACCAAACCCACCUCAACACUAUAAUGGCGAAGUGAAUGCACGCUCUUUUUGGGAAGCGGUUACUAUGGAAGUGAUUAGCCGUGGACUUUAUCCACCUGGCUGCAAGAAUCCUUUUGUUGUAAAACCUACUUAUCACAACUGGUCCCCCUGGAUUGGACCACAGACACGGCGAUCUGACAUUUUGAUAAACACAGAGAGUGAAAAAGUCCACUUGCCUGAUUCCAACAGUGAUGUAGACCAGUUUCUCACAGAAGAGCGGCUUGCAGAUGAGGUUCUCAAUCUUAAGCUACCUGAGAUCAGGAAGCUCUGCAGUCAAUGUGGAGUUGACAGCAGAGGUUCUAAGAUGGACCUUGUGCUCCGUCUGCGGGACAAAAUGGCUUCUAGAGCCACAUAUAACAAGGUUUUUGAAAAAGUGUGGGGUGCCUCUGGUGGGUGGGCUGUAAUCACUUGUCCCUGUGGCGUUAUUUAUUCUGUAAAGUUUAACCUGAGAGCGGAGAGCCCUAGAGACUUUGCAGACCUUCUUUUAUCCUGGAAAUUAGUAAGUCAUCUAAAGAAGAGGUGCCCUCAGGAUACACCAUUCACCAUCCACGAAGGUAGAUUGGUUGAGCCCACACCUGAAAACAUAAGACAAGCUACUGAGAAAAACCUUGCUGUAAACUUGCCAUGGCUGAAGCACCGGAAAGAACCUGAAGACAAGGGAGGACAUCCUGUUACUGGCUCAGUAGAGCACUAUUGUCUCCGUGAUGUUUUCCACCAAGGCAAUAGCAAGGACGACAAGGAUGUCUUGCGGAGGAUUGAGAUGGUUCCGGAACUUGUAGGAAGAUUAAACAGCCAGUGUGCAGAGCAACUAUUUGCAGGCAUGAGGAAGAACAACUACUUCCUCAAUAUGCUCACUCCAUCCACACACAUCUUUCUGCAAAGAAACAUCCUCCACCAUUUCAAUCUUCGGAAGAACACAAAAACCAAACAAGAAAUUCUAAAAGUUGCUGGGCAACACGCAACAUUGGUCCUAGAUCAAAAUGGAUGCAUUAUGAUGGGGUGUGAGAAAAGCCAGCAACAUGCUUGCAGCUUGGAAGCCAGCAUUGUUCAAACUCACCAAUGUCCUCUUGCUGACUCUUUGGCAAGCUUAAAAACAACUGAAGCAAAUAAAUCCACCUGGAGUCAACAGCCUAAUACCACAGAAACGACUUUGCUUGCUCAAGUAUUAGACCAAACCAGAGAUGCAGGUGAAUAUGUUGCUUGUGUUGAUGGGCAGGUCCUCACUAGAAGAGAUAUGUUCACUCUUGGGUUAUCGCAAGACAUCAAUGGGGAGAUUCUGAACUCCUGUCUGAAAGCUGUUGAAAGAAUGUGCAGCGACAAGGGCAUCAAGGUUAUUGCAGGGAACAGUCAUGUAGUCCACACCUGGUUUCCACCCCUUUCCCUUGACCCAGCACUACACCUACCACCGCGGGCACAAGAUCUGGACUGGGUUCUGAUUCCUGUGUGGCGUCCUGGACAUUGGACACCAUGCAUUCUGAAGCCUAAGCAAAGGGAGAUUUUCUUCCUUGAUUCUAUCAGUGGCUUCACAGAUGAAAACCACAUCAAAACAUUAAGAGAAGUCUGUCUUCAGAUGUCAUCUGGACCAUGGACAGAAUUUGUUGGCAAUGAUGUUAAGGGAUUGCCUAAACAAGGACUGUCCAACAACUGCGGGAUGUUUGUAGUGAUGUAUGCACUGUACUUUGUGAUGGGAGCAUCAUUUGAUUUCAGCGAGAAUGAUAUGAUGACAAUACGAAGAUGGUGGUGUCUCUCUCUCUUGAGAAACUUCCCUGUGAGAUCCAGAGAAGAACUACAAAAGGAGAGAAAGCGGAAAAAAGUUGGUGAGAGGGCAAAAUGUGAGACUCUGUGUGCCGAUGACCACACCUAUGCCAAAACAGCCGAGGCACAAAAUGAGGUACAAAGGAUACCACCAAUCUUACAGAUGCCUUUGAAUGUGCUUGAAGCUGUUCUCCAGGAGGUGAUACCGGCACAGGGAGACUCAGCUUACCUCACCUUGGCAUUGACAUGCAAGACCUUUCAAGCCAUUGUGUCUCACCCUGUUUUCAGGAAGAAGACUCACUUUGCUUGGCUGGAUGGUGAGAUCAACUGGGGCAAAUUUUCCGAGUCAUUCAAGGCAGAAAACCGGAUUCCAGACUGCGUGGGCUUCACCGGCAAUGGAAGACGAGGAGAGUACCCUGGUUACUACUGUGAUGGCCGACCUGGACUUUGCCCUGAGUGCCAAUACUGAAUUCUAAGAGAAUAUAAGUUGCUUUCCACAGUCUGUCACACAUUUCAGUUGUCACACAUUGUUUGUUUUUUUUGUGACAUGCCAUUUUAAAUAAUUUCUGAUAAAGCACAUUUACCUUUUGACUUGUGCAGUCAUC